AGCUGGUCCCCUGCCAAAGGCUGCCCAGUUCUUACGCCCUUUGAAGUCUCAGGCUGGGGGUGGAGCACUGGCCACCUCAAAGGCCCCAUUUACGGAGCUGGGACGCUGAGGACACGGAGCUGGGGGCAGGGCACUGCUGGCCGGGCAGACGCUCCGUGGGCCCAGGGCCAGGUGUGGCCCUGGGGCUGGCAGGCCGCCGUGGGCCCUCAGGCGUGUGUGGCUGCUCCCCGGGGGGUUCUCCUGGGGGGUUCUCCUGCCCUCUCCCGUGGUGCGUGUGCUGAGCACAGCCAGGAACAGGCAGACAGGACCAGCCAUUUGGAAAGUGGUUUGGUCGAAUCUACUCAAACUGAAGGUCUGACCCUGACAUCCCACUCCUCGGUGUCACCCCGCAGGGACAUGAUCCUGGGCCCACUCUGCAGCUCCAAGGACGUCUCAGUGCAGAGGGGAGGGCACGAAGCCCGUCCGGGUUAGGGAGCUUGGAGCAGGGCCAGACAGCGCCGAGGUGUCUGGCGCAGUGGCUGUGUGACCUGAACAAUCGCGUGCGGCUCGGCCUCUCGUUCAGAUUGGGGCGCCCACCAGCUGCAUGUUUACAGAGUACGUGCCUCUGUGCACGGCACACGUCACAACAGGGAGCUCCAAGCACGUGGGCGUCAGAGGUGCCUGGUGUGGAUGGGUGGGUGCCGAUGGUGCUCACACACGCGGGCCCUCGGGCCACCAGGCAGUAGCUGUGGAGAGAAUGGCCUUCGGCAGGGAUGUCACAGGCACCAACACUUUUCAAAGGAGGCCUCCCUCAGGCCCUGCGCCUGCCUUGUGGCCUCGUUGUCCCCACCUGUCAACAGGAAGACAAGUCCCUUCCCUCACCCUAGGCCUUCAGAGGAGGAUCUGUGGUUGGCAGACGCAUCUUCAGUGAGGAAGUGCGGGAGGCUCCAUGGGGCACGGGGCCGUGGGCCCCCCCGACCAUGCUCCCACAGCGUCAGGUCCCACAGAGGAAGUGGGGCCGGCAGGGAAGAGGGUGUCUAUGUCCCUGCCAUCCUCCACGAUGACCAAGAGCACCUUUCCUGCACCCUUUGGCCACUCAGCGAAAUGACCGGGGACAUGACUGCCCCUCAGUGAACAUCUCACACGGGGUGGGGGUCAGGGUUAGGGUUGGGGAUGGCCAGUCAACAGUUAGUGGCAAUUCCUGAGGCGGAGCGGCAUCAGACAGGCGUUGGGGAACGGGAGGGCUUCAAGGAAGAGGCGGUGUUUGCUGUGGGCCUGGAGGGGGUAGAAGGCUUGGGGACAGGUCCAGGACACCCCACAUGCAAACACCUGGAGCAGAGGCCCGACUGGGGGCGCUGGUGGGCGGAGCGCAGGCGGCUGGCAGGCCACGGUGGCUCUGGGCAUAAGGAGAUGUCCCUGUGCUCCGGGUCGGAGGCCCUGGGUGUCCUUGGCGCCACCUGGCCGGGCGCUCCCAGGCACACGCCCAUCAUGUGGCCGCCCUCUGGAGGAGGGGCCCCGUGGACGACUUUAAUGCUGUGCGGAAGGGCUCCAUUCUUCCUGCUGCAGCCCUCCCUGGCCCGGGCAGGCAGGAGGCAGAGAAGUGGGUGGCCCUGGCUGGCUGCCCGUUCAGGGAAAGGCAGGAAAGGAGCUGCGGGCCCUGAGAGUUGGCGCUGCGGAGCUCGGAGUCCUGGCUGGGAGGGGACCAGCCUCUGGUGGAGAAGCUUAGGCCUCUGCAGCUGGUCCAUGCCGGGGCCGACACUGGUCCAGCCGGGGAGAGGGUAAGUGUGAAGGUGGCACCAUGAGCUGAGCGGAGCCCCCUGAAGGAAUGACCCUGCUACCUGGCAGGACAACGCCAAUGCAGGGUCCCCGGAGGAAGCUGCUGGCCACCCUCAACGCCACCCCCCCAGCCAUCCCCUACCUCGGGCCAGCCGCCAACUUGACGGGGCCCCGGUGCCUGGAGGUGUUCGUUCCUGACGGGCUCUUCCUCAGCCUGGGACUGCUGAGCCUGGUGGAGAACGUGCUGGUGGUGACGGCCAUCGCCAAGAACCGCAACCUGCACUCGCCCAUGUACUUUCUCAUCUGCUGCCUGGCCGUGUCCGACCUGCUGGUGAGCGCGAGCAACGUGCUGGAGACGGCCGUCAUGCUGCUGCUGGAGGCGGGCGCCCUGCCCGCCCGGGCCGCUGCGGUGCAGCAGCUGGGCACCGUCAUCGACGUGCUCACCUGCGGCUCCAUGGUGUCCAGCCUCUGCUUCCUGGGUGCCAUCGCGGUGGACCGCUACAUCUCCAUCUUCUAUGCACUGCGCUACCACAGCAUCGUGACGCUGCCCCGGCUGUGGCGGGCCAUCGCAGCCAUCUGGGUGGCCAGCGUCGCCUGCAGCACUGUCUUCAUCGCCUACUAUGACCACAUGGCCGUCCCACUUUGUCUCGUCGGCUUCUUCGUGGCCAUGCUGGCACUCAUGGCGGUGCUGUAUGCCCACAUGCUCGCCCGGGCUUGCCAGCAGGCCCGCAGCAUCGCGCGGCUCCACAAGAGACAGCACCCCACCCACCAGGGCUUCGGCCUCAAGGGCGCUGCCACCUUCACCAUCCUGCUGGGCGUGUCCCUCCUCUGCUGGGGCCCCUUCUUCUUGCACCUCGCACUCAUCGCCCUCUGUCCUCAGCACCCCACCUGUGGCUGCAUCUUCAAGAACUUCGACCUCUUCCUGGCCCUCGUCAUCUGCAACGCCAUCGUCGACCCCCUCAUCUAUGCCUUCCGCAGCCAGGAGCUCCGGAAGACGCUCCAGGAGGUGCUGCUGUGCUCCUGCCAGCCCGGCCGUCCGCGAGUCCCGCACCGCCCGCCACACGCACCGAGCAUGAGGGAGAUCGUGCACAUCCAGGCCGGCCAGUGCGGCAACCAGAUCGGGGCCAAGUUCUGGGAGGUCAUCAGCGAUGAGCAUGGCAUAGACCCCAGCGGCAACUACGUGGGGGACUCCGACCUGCAGCUGGAGCGCAUCAGCGUCUACUACAAUGAGGCCUCCUCUCACAAGUAUGUGCCACGGGCCAUCCUGGUGGACCUGGAGCCCGGCACCAUGGACAGUGUUCGGUCUGGGGCCUUCGGACACCUCUUCAGGCCUGACAAUUUCAUCUUCGGUCAGAGUGGGGCCGGCAACAACUGGGCCAAGGGCCACUACACGGAGGGCGCCGAGCUGGUGGACUCGGUGCUGGACGUGGUGCGCAAGGAGUGUGAGAACUGCGACUGCCUGCAGGGCUUCCAGCUGACCCACUCGCUGGGCGGCGGCACGGGCUCGGGGAUGGGCACGCUGCUCAUCAGCAAGGUGCGCGAGGAGUACCCCGACCGCAUCAUGAACACCUUCAGCGUGGUGCCCUCGCCCAAGGUGUCGGACACCGUGGUGGAGCCCUACAACGCCACGCUGUCCAUCCACCAGCUGGUGGAGAACACGGACGAGACCUACCCGCUCCCCAGCCGGGGCAGCCAGCAGUACCGGGCCCUGACGGUGCCCGAGCUCACCCAGCAGAUGUUCGACGCCAAGAACAUGAUGGCCGCCUGCGACCCGCGCCACGGCCGCUACCUGACGGUGGCCGCCGUGUUCCGGGGCCGCAUGUCCAUGAAGGAGGUGGACGAGCAGAUGCUGAGCGUGCAGAGCAAGAACAGCAGCUACUUCGUGGAGUGGAUCCCCAACAACGUGAAGACGGCCGUGUGCGACAUCCCGCCGCGCGGCCUGAAGAUGGCCGCCACCUUCAUCGGCAAACAGCACGGCAUCCAGGAGCUGUUCAAGCGCAUCUCGGAGCAGUUCACGGCCAUGUUCCGGCGCAAGGCCUUCCUGCACUGGUACACGGGCGAGGGCAUGGACGAGAUGGAGUUCACCGAGGCCGAGAGCAACAUGAACGACCUGGUGUCCGAGUACCAGCAGUACCAGGACGCCACGGCCGAGGAGGAGGGCGAGAUGUACGAAGACGACGAGGAGGAGUCUGAGGCCCAGGGUCCCAAGUGA